ACAUGACCCUCUGUCAUAAUUGCCACUACCCUCCACCGACUUCCACAUGUCAUGUAUAAAUUCUUAGUAUAAGAGUCAAUUGAGAGAAGACAAAGAAACAAAGAAACAGUCGUUCAAGAGAAAUUUCUAGAGUCAAGCAAGAGUCUUUUGUGUUCAGGUUGGGUGUUAAAAUUGUUGGGUUCUUUGAGAAAUUAAGUGGGUGAGCAGAUACAGAAGCUAGAGAGAGAAAAAUGAUACUGGUGGCGGGUGUGGCUGAGCUGAUGGAGGAGUAUACGUUUUUGUUGGCAAGGGUUUUGGAGCAUUUGUUCCAUUUUGCUCCUUUUCCCAGGAGGGUUCGGUUUCUCAUUCUCCGAAGUCUUCCCUUUGUUUCUUCCUACCCUCCUCCUCCUCCUCCUCCUCUGAUAGGAGCCCCUGCUGCUGCUUAAUGUUUCAAGGAUAGGGCUUUUUGUGUUUAGCAUGUAAGGGUUCAUUGGUUAAUUUUUUUUCUCUGUGUUUUUUAGAAUUCUGAUGCGGUGAAUGUUCUGUACAAAUUUGGAAUUUUUCUUCUCCUCCCUGAACAAAGUUGGUUGCUUUCGAUUAGUUUGAUGGAUGUUAUGGCCACCCUUUGACCUAUAUUCUUUAAAGUUCAUAGCUUUUUAUGAAUAUAUGGAUAUGAAUUUGAUGA